AUGUACGCAGUCACUCUGGCUCACCUGAAGACACCCCCCUUCGCCCCCCUCCACAUCGUCAGUGACUCGAAGUACGUCGUAGACGGGUUGACGAAGCACUUACCGGCAUGGGAGAGACGGGGUUGGAUUGGUGUGGCCAAUGCUGAGGUGAUUCAAGAAGCAGUCGCCCUCCUCCGCACACGCAGCGCACCAACGACAUUGAGGUGGGUAAAGGGACAUGCGAAUGAAUUGGGGAAUGAAGAAGCGGACAAACUAGCUAAGAACGGCGCUGAGGCACCAAGGCCCUUCCGCCCUGUGUCGCUACCUCCGAAGGAUGGGUACGUGAAGACAGGGGCCUCACUAGCCCAUCUCACGCAAAGUUUGGCGUACAAGGGAAUAAGAGAACGAAAGAAACGUGUACAGCACAAGUCUACCGUCCAAAUGGUCGAAGAUACCCUCGUUGAGAUGGAGAGAGCGACAGGAGACGCGCACGCAGUCGCAUCGCUCUGGAAUGCGCUGCAGAAAGAUCCUAUCGAGAGGAAGGUCAGAGACUUCAUAUGGAAGGCGCUCCAUGACGCUCACCGAGUAGGCAAAUUCUGGCUGAACAUCACGGGCUACGAGGACCGAGGCAUGUGCCGCCACUGCGAUUGCGCAGAAUCGCUCGAACACAUCCUGACCCAGUGUGAGGCGCCGGGGCAGAGGAUUGCAUGGGACCUAGCACGGCAGCUCCUGCUUAAGAAGCGGGUGAUCCUCCCCGAAGUCAAGAUGGGUAUGGUGACGGGGUGCCAACUAUGGAACGUCAAAAACGACAAAGAUGAGCUGAGAACGGGUGCAACGCGCCUGAUAAGGAUCGUAAUAAGCGAGACCGCCUACCUCGUGUGGAAGCUUCGCUGUGAGAGAGUAAUUGAGUGGGCAGAAGAGCACCCCCGAGUGCACGCGUCGGAGGAGAUAGCAAGUCGCUGGAUGGCGGCAUUGAAUAAGCGCCUAGACAUUGACUGCGCGCUAACGAACAAACGGAUAGCGGGCCGAAAAGCGCUGGCUCCGUACACGGUGGAAGCAACGUGGGGGGGUGUACUUCACAAUGAGGCACAACUCCCGACUGACUGGACGAGCAAGACGGGGGUUUUGGUGGGUAAGCUGACUCCUACGACGCAGCGUGACGAAGGAUAG